AGCCGGUUAGGUUCCACGGCAGUUAAGAAGAGCAGUGAGCCGGAAGUUAGGAUGGAAAGAAGGGAAGAAAGUGCUAUAAACUUCCACAGUGUUUACAAUGCCAGCAUACUGGGCUACCCCACAUACAGGCCAGUUCUUUCCUACCGCAUGCACCGCUUCUUUUCUAUGCCAGCCUACCAGCGACAGCUCCUGGAGAGGACCCGAAGCUACAUUCGAAUGUUCUGUGCUGGCCUCAUGGGCUUCAUUUUCGUCCUGCUACUCUGCUUGACUCCUUUCCACUGGGUGCAGUUCACGGUGCUGAAAGACAAGAAGAGACUCUUGGCGGGGCUCUGGACCUUGUGCCACAAUGAUCUCUGCUGGAGCCACACACCAGAGGCACCCUGGUUCCUCUCUGGAUUCAAUCACAUAAGUUUUCGGGUUUCUUCUCCAGAUCAAAAUCUCCUCAUGAUCCCUAUAACAAGGACAAGGAUAGGAAAUAUAGCCACGGUGGAAUUGGGUCUUUCUGAGACAAAUGUAGGAGUUUCUCCAUGGAUGAGCCAGGUACCAGAAAGGCAGUUAAAUUCAGUGGCACAAUCAAGGACCCAAAGAGAGGCAGGAACCCAGACAGAGCCAGAGACUCAGACAGGGCCAGAGACCCAAAAAGCACUAGCAGCUCAGCCAGAACCAGAAACCCAGGCCGAGUCGAGGACCCAGACAGAGCCAGAGAUAGGAAAUGAAUCAGUAAUAAGGGAUGGGUUAAUAACUCAGGCAAGGUUAGCUACUGAGAUAGAACCAGUUGACACAGUGAAGCCAAGGCCUGAGGCAGAGAUAACAACAGGGAAUGAGACGAGUGAUAUGUUGAGCAAUAGACUUGAGGGUAAGGAAAAGAAAAUGACUGAAGACAGGGAUGAUGAGAACAGAGAUUUAGCUGAGAAAAAUGAUGAUGACAAGACAAAAAAUUAAUAUUAGAUAUAAGGUAAUAGAGGACAGAGAUAUUAAAAAUAAAAAAGCCUAGCAGAGAGGUUUCCCUUCAGGGUUGAAGAUGUUUUGUUGGGUCUGUAUGAAGAGUAGUAGGAGUAUCAGAGGUAAUUCUGAAAUGACAGUGUAACGACCCUGCUGAACCCUCCUUAGAUUAUGCCUUGUUCACUGAACAAGUUGAUAUUAUGAAUGAAAGAAAGUCAUUUGUGUAGUUUAGGUGAAAGGUACCAACAACUUAAGAAUCCCAAUGAAAGUGAUGAAAAGCUUAUUAAAGGAAGUUUCCAUGUUA